ACAUAGACCAGGUACCGAAGUACGGAGGGUGAAAAUACUAGCGUCUUUAAUUUUCUGCGAUCUCGCUAUUUCCUCUGGAAACGGUAACGGACCUAUUGCAUGCCAUCAGGGCCAGUGACCUUACCCGACUCUGAUAGACUGGGAUGAUACCCUUGGACGAACUUCACGUUCCAUAAAGAUCUGACCUUAUAUGAAUAUGAACGACCGACAAUUAGAAAUAGAGGGCUUGGACAAGAUAACAGCAGAGCCGGAGAAAAAUAUUUUCUCCUCCAGUCCUGCCGCUGUCUUUCUGCCAACUCUCUCGGUGGCUGGUAGGUAAAAAACCUCGUCCUCAUGUUUCCAGAACUGAGAACGAGGACAAUAUCAAACCAACAUGGCGGCUAGUACAAGCGAACCCAAAAGCAGCGAAAGAAACAGGUGGUAAUGAUAUUAUCGUGAAUGCCAGUGAAAGAAUGGCACCUUUUACUAAAAGACACGUGAAAAUCACAGGAGCAGCUGCUCUUACCGUCGCUAGUUUUUAUAUUAUAAAAAAAUACGGGCCUUGCGUCGGGCGAAGGAUAUUGAACAAACUACAAAACCAAAGUAAGAAGACAAGAUUGACCUUGGUGUCUUCUAAUACAGGGUCAAAGGUAAAACGAAGAACAGCGGCAUUGGACUAUGUAUUUAUUUCACAGGCAUGGAAGCUGUUGAAGAUUCUUUUUCCUGGGAUAUGGACAAAACAAGUGGGACUGUUGUUUCUCCAUUCAGUCUGCCUUUUCAUCAGGACAUUCCUCUCUAUAUACGUGGCAACCCUUGAUGGCAGGAUAAUAAGAUCGGUAGUGCAGAAAAAUGUGUUGAAAUUCGUUUUACUGCUAACUAACUGGAUAGGAGUGGCAAUUCCUGCGACUUUCAUAAACAGCAUGAUUCGGUAUCUAGAGAGCAAACUAUCACUUGCUUUCCGCACAGAGCUCGUGAACCAUGCCUACGAGAAGUACUUCUCAAAUCAAACUUACUAUCGUGUUGGCAACUUGGAUGGUAGACUGGCGAAUGCUGAUGAGUGUCUUACGGAGGAUAUACGCAUGUUUUGUAGUUCAGUGGCUCAUCUUUACUCUCACUUAACCAAACCUUGCCUGGACAUUUUUGUGAUUUGCUGGACGCUGGAUGGGAUGGCUCGAAAAAGGGGAACAUCGUGGAAGGUGCCAGUGUCAAUAGCAGCUGUAGUGAUCUAUUUAACUGCCAUGAUCUUGAAAAAGCUGAGUCCCAGGUUUGGUAAGAUUGUGGCGGAAGAGUCACAGAAGAGGGGACAACUGAGAUUCCUUCACUCCAGGGUUAUCACCAAUGCAGAGGAGAUUGCUUUUUAUGGUGGUCACAAAGUUGAACUGACAUUACUGAAACAUAGUUUUCAGUCGCUGGUCCAGCAAAUGGAGCUGCUCUUCAGCAAACGCCUUUGGUUCAUCAUGCUGGAACAGUUCUUAAUGAAGUAUGUGUGGAGUGCAUCAGGUCUUGUUAUGGUGGGAUCAAGUAUCCUGUUAGGGAAAGGGACAACAAAGGAACAGCAGGGACUUACAGACCAAGUUGUAAGUGAAAGAACAGAGCAUGUGACAACAUCACGCUCACUGAUGGUUUCUGCUGCAGAUGCCAUAGAAAGAAUCAUGUCGUCUUACAAGGAGAUAAUAGAAUUGAGUGGUUACACGACACGUGUUUCAGAGAUGUUUGAGGUCUUUGAAGAUGUUGAGCAGGGACACUGUCAACGGCAAGUUACUAGAGAGUUGACAGAGAGGAGAGAUUCAAUUGACGAGGCUGAGCAGCCCACCAGUGAAGCUGUUGGUGUCCAUGGAGAAGUGGUAGAUUUGAGUCAGAUGUCAGGUGGCAAGGUAGUUGACACUGAGGGAAGCAUUGCCUUGAAGGACGUCGCUAUUAUCACACCAUGUGGUGAUGUAGUUGUGUCAAGUUUGUCCUUUGAGAUGGAGCCAGGAAUGCAUCUGUUGAUAACAGGUCCAAAUGGUUGUGGUAAAAGUUCUUUAUUUCGUAUUCUUGGUGGACUGUGGCCAGUUUACAAAGGGUUCCUGGCCAAACCACCUCCUAGCCACAUGUUCUACAUACCUCAAAGACCAUAUAUGCCAAUUGGUUCUCUGCGUGACCAAGUGAUUUAUCCUCACACAUUUGAAGACAUGCAGUCUUGUGGCAUUACAGAUGAUGUUUUAGAGACUAUUUUGGCCAUUGUUCAUCUGAAGUAUAUAGUCAAAAGGGAAGGAGGUUGGGAUGUGGUAAAGGAAUGGAAGGAUGUCUUCUCAGGAGGAGAGAAACAGAGAAUGGGAAUGGCACGACUCUUCUAUCACAGGCCCCAGUUUGCCUUACUUGAUGAGUGUACCAGUGCUGUGAGUAUUGAUGUGGAGGGAAGUAUCUUCCAAGCUGCUAAAGAUGAAGGGAUCAGUCUUUUGAGCAUCUCACACAGACCGUCCCUAUGGAAAUUUCACACACAUCUACUUCAGUUUGAUGGGGAGGGUGGCUGGCGCUGGGAGGAACUGAACACAGCCACAAGACUGACACUUAAUGAAGAGAAACAGAAGCUCGAAUCACAGCUGGCUGGAGUUCCCAAGAUGCAACAGAGGCUGCAUGAGCUCUGUUCUCUACUUGGAGAAGACUCAGUUUUGUGUGUGAAGAACUAAAUUAUCAGGUUGGCAGAGCAGAAAAUAGUAAUUUCAGUUCUAUUUUGUUUUUCUUGUCUGCACGACACCCUUUGCAUCAUACAUAUAACUUGCCCUUAGUAAAGUUUCAAAGGUUUUUUUUGGUGCAAUGAAAAAAUUUUAUUGUCAGUGUGAACUUGAUUGUUGAUCGGCAAACUAUAAUGUUGCUUUGACUUUUGAAUAUCAAGGGCAUUAAUUUUGUUUUUCAUUCGAUCAUGUAUUUGUUAUAUUAUUAACUAAUCACACUGAACUUUUUAUUAGUUCCAGUAGGAUGGUGUGCACUGCACCCAAAAAGUUUGGUUUUAAAGUUCUUGAUAUUUUUAGUUAUGCCUUGUUUUACUUAAAAGAUAAGGGACAUGGGGGGAGGGAUGUAAAAAUGGGACCUUUUUUUGCUUGAAAAAAAGGGUGAAGGGAAAGUUUUAGCCCCUAGUAAGUACAUGUAUAUUUUUCAGCAACCACAGAUUGCAAUGAAAGAAACAAAACCCAUAUACGAUAUUGGAGCAUUUGUUAAUUCCAGGUUUAUCUGGUCCUAUGGAAGUAGGCUAAACAGAAAGAAAUUUCAUGUUUUUGGUACUGCUUGUCAAAAUAUGUUUGCUCCAAAAAAGUAUUUUUAUUGUUUUAAGUAACUUUAUUUUUACGUGAUGUUCAAAGGCAAGAGAUCAACACAGUUAUUUACGUAACAGGGGUUGUUACGUGUUUGGUAUACAGAUACGCUAAAUGUAACGUGAAGUCUGUAAUAACCCCUCAGGGGCUUGAACCACAGAAAGGGGAAUUACGUCAUGUGAAACAAUUGAACCUUACUCACUCGCGUGCUUGCCACUGCGCCACCACACCUCUUUCUCGUGAUAAGAGUGUGGGACUUAACACGUGUAGGACUAAAUGCUUCUAACUUCAUAUAAUCAACUAAAAAGGUUAGAAGUUUUCUGACAUAUCAAUUUUCACUAGAAUUUAAAAGUUUGCAAAACUAUUCCCUUUGAAAACAAUGCAAUUGACAUCCUGUUUAAAAGCUGUCUACGCUGACUGGCGUGCAUCCCCGCAGCCUGAAGCUGCAUCCCGAAAAAAGAUAUUUUUAAUUGUCUUUUCAAAGUUGGAAUAAUUAGUUACAACAUUGGUUAUAGCCUUUCACUGCUUGAAAUCUGUGUUGCUACUUUUAUUCUUAUUCCUUACCACCCUUUUUUCCUAUUUAGUCUAAUCUCAGGGUAUCAAUCGUCCCGGGAUUCCACUGUCAAUUACCUUUUAGGGUUUAUUAGGUAGAGAAAGCAUUACAAGUAAUUCUCUCGGUUAGAACUAUCAGAAAUUGAGGUUUUACAGCAGAGAGCGAUAUGUUUUCUUAGUGGUAAAAAAGAUAUUUUAAUGGCUGAUUUAUUUGUAUCAUUUGCUGUGUUAAUUAAAUUUUCGGGAUCUAACUUAAAUUAUAAUCCAUCGAAUAUUUUCUCUCGCGCGCGACUGGUCUAAACGCGUCACGUGACUGAAUAUUCCCUAGCUAAGGAUAUUCCCCAAUUUUCAAAACUGCGCGUGUUGCG